UAAAUCAAAGAAGAAAUGAGGACAAGUCAUACACAAGUGCACAGCCCACACAAGUUCCUCUUGUGGCAUGUUGCUAAGGCUGCUUCCUGUUCAGACAGGAAGUGCCAGCAGACACAAGUUUCUAGAAGAGAAUGUUGUAAUGUGUCAUUCUUUUGCAAUAUUUUCAAUGCUGUGAGUUGUUUGGGAUUUUCGGAUUCUGUUGAUAUUGGAGCCACGUUCAGGAACUCUCAAAACCUUGGAGUGCGCAUUGGUCACGGGGUCCUGGCAGUGUCCGACGGUGAGCUGAACAUGAUCACGUCAGAGGACCACGGCAGCUGCCACAGUUUAGACAGUAGCCCCCAACCACACGGCUGUCAGCACUCCGCUGCGGGGAAGGUGGCCAGCUGGGCCGUGAGCUUCGAGAAGCUUCUGAAGGACCCCACUGGUGUCUGUUACUUUGAGGCUUUCCUGAAGUCAGAAGUCAGCGCUGAGAACAUCCUAUUCUGGCGGGCAUGUGAGAAGUUCAGCCAGAUACAAGCUCAUCAGAAAGAGGAGCUAUCCAGAGAAGCUCGAUCCAUUUUUGACAACUACCUCUCAGACAGUGCCUUCCAUGCCGUCAACAUCGAUGAGACAGCUCGCAUAACUGAGAGUGACCUACAAACUCCCACACCAGACAUGUUUCAUAAGGCUCAGCAACAGAUUUUCAAAUUGAUGAAGUUUGACAGCUACACUCGGUUCAAACGCUCCCAGCUCUUCCAGAAAUGCAUGCUUGCUGAAAUGGAGGCUCGGCCAUUACCAGGGCUUGGUCCCCGGUCCACAAACUUCGGGGCACUGCAGAACACCGGCUCUGACUGCAGCUUCAGCAGUGAACGCCAGAAUAAGGUAAAGCUUGGAAAGUGUUCACAUCUGGAAAUGGAGGCAGAGAGGAGAAGAGGUCAGGAGAGCAGAGCGGUGUGGGACAGAGGUGACCAGCAGAGAAGAUCAUGGGAAGCCAAGCUGUCUGAACGGUGCGUGGUCUCAGGGGGCCAGCGUGUAAACUCGGCCAUGCAGAGCACGGUGUCCGGCCCCAGGGAUUCAGAACAGGGGCGUGUCGCGAUUAGGCAGACGGAGAAGUACUGCUGCGUGUACCUCCCCGACGGGACGGCCUCUCUGGCCCCCGCCCGCCCCGGCGUCACCAUCAGGGACAUGCUGAGGGUGCUUUGCCAAAAGAGGGGGUUUGACCUCUGUGACAUCACCCUCUACCUGCAGGGCAAGGACAAGCAGCCACUGUCCCUGGAUCAGGACAGCAGUGUGCUGAGGGAGCAGCAGGUCCUCCUGGAGCUCCGCGUCACCUUUGCUGUGGAGAUUGCCUUCAUGAGGAGCAGAGUGAGAAUUGUGGUGAAGUCCAGCAAGAGUCUGCAGGAGGCGCUGUCCAUGGUGCUGCAGAAGCAUGACCUUCGACCCCAGGAUGUCGUGCUAACCGUGAGUGGCUGCAUGGAGCCGUUGAAAAUGGACAUGCUGGUUUUCCCUCUGGCGAACAAGACGCUGCUUCUGGACAGAGCGAAAGGUGAACUCCCCCACAGUGGCAGUCCUCCGGGCAGUGUUCCCGGCUCCACCUUCCAGCGUAGAGGAGCGAUUACCUCAGAAACUGCAGAGGGCCUGCAGCCAAUCGGAACCCGAGCCAGACCUAACAGGGCGAGAAUUACCGCGGCGAGGAAAACCUAUGACGUGGAUGCGCUCGCUGCCCUGCUCUCCAGGGUGCAGUGGUGCAGUAUGGAUGACCAGCGGUCGUUACUGAGGAAGGAGCAUCUGGUGAUGCCCAGCUUCUUGGAGCUGCCCCCAGCGGCAGGUGAGGAGGAAACGGAGGAGGCACAGGGGGAGAACAGGGGGAGCGAGGAGCCCAGUCCCACCUCCGCCAGCCCCCCUACACCCUCAGGGGCCCCCGCGCUGUCAGAAGAAGAGGGAGCAGUGGGCAUGGCUGCUCCCGACAGAAUGGACUCAGAUGCUCAAAGCCUCUCCCCUUUGUCUCGGCCUGACGGAUCCUUCUUCUGCUCAGACUUGUCUCGAGAAACAGUGGUGUGAGCGUGUGACUGGGGGUGAGUGUGUGAGUGUGUGAUUAGGGGUGAGUGUGUGAGUGUGUGACUGGGGGUGAGUGUGUGAGUGUGUGACUGGGGGUGAGUGUGUGAGUGUGUGACUGGGGGUGAGUGUGUGACUGUGGAUCAGUGUGUGAGUAUGUGACUGCGAGUGAGUGUGUGACUGUGGAUCAGUGUGUGAGUGUGUGACUGGGGGUGAGUGUGUGAGUGUGAUUAGGGUUGAGGUGUGUGAGUAUGUGACUGCGAGUGAGUGUGUGACUGUGGAUCAGUGUGUGAGUGUGUGACUGCGGGUGAGUGUGUGACUGGGGGUGAGUGUAUGAGUGUGUGACUGUGAGCAUGUAAAUGAGUGAGGAUGUGAGUAUCAAGGUGGGUGUGUUUGAGUAAGUUUGUAAGUGUGUGUGCAUGGGAGGUUUAGCUUGUAAGUGCUUGUGAAAGUAUGUGACUGUGAGAUUGUGCAAGGGUGUGGACAUGCAGGUGUUAGCAUUUGAGCUUGUUUAAGAGUGUUUGCAUGUGCACAUCAUGUAGUGCUUGUAUGUUUCUUGUGUGGGGAAUCAUGCAUUGAUAAAACUGUGAUUACAGAUUUUAUGAUGUUAAACAACAGCCUGUAUUAUGAAAUAUAUAUUGUGAUUACCUGGAUUAUUGUAUUUAUUCUAAACUGAUCCCUAUGCUUCAAAAUUGUCCUUUUAAAUAGGGAUGUAUCAUGUUUAUAUAUUGCAUUAAUACAUGCUUUGUGUCAUGCAGAAAUAUAUUUUUGAAUGUUAUUCGUUUCAGUAAAAGACUAAAGAAGA